AUGGCUAACAGUGGGGUUUCAUCUGUUGAAUCAAAGAAAAAGUCCUGGAGUAUCAGCACUGCUUUGGCAUCUGCUGUUUUGGAAUGGUUGCUAAUGUGUAUGCUCUUCAUCAAUGCUAUAUUCUCGUUUUUAAUUACAAAAUUUGCAUGUCAGUGGGAAUUGCAAACCCCAUGUUUGCUGUGCUCAAGACUGGAUCAUAUUUUGGGCACUAGAAAGUUGAAAUAUUAUUGGGAUUUGAUCUGCGGCAAUCAUAAGUUGGAGAUCUCAUCAUUAGUUUUCUGUCACGCUCACAAUAAUCUUGUUGAUGUCCAUGGAAUGUGUGAAAAUUGCCUUUUCUCAUUUGCCACAUUCAAUAAGUCCAACACUGAAACAUAUAGAUUGUUGGUGGGGAAGUUGGGAGAGGACUCUAGCUUUGGUUUAGAUCAGGACCCACUGCAUCAUGAUCAUAGUUCAGUUACUAGACAAUGUACUUGUUGCAAUGAACAAUGGAUUCCGAGAGGAUAUUAUCAAAAGUUGAUGCAGGCUGCAUCAGUUGGUUCUGGGACUGCUGGUCUUGAUGUCCCUUCAUCAGGUACUAUUAAACAUGAUUGCAGCAACCUGAAGAAGAGUAGAGGAUCUACAUCCAUCAGAAGCACUCGUCAAAAAACUAGUGGGUUUGAUCCUUUAUCUCACGUAGGGUACACUGAACUCAAAUUCCAUUCUGAUACUGAAUCUGAAAUCAUGUUUUCUGACGAUGAUGGUGCAAAUGCUGUAAUUCACAAAGAUAUUUCAGCUGGAUACGUGCAGCCAGAGCCUCGCACUAUCAUUUUAGUCGAUGAUUCUGCCUCAGAGAUACUGAUUGAUCCUGUUUCUGCACGUGAGCCGUCAAUCUUGACCUCAAAGGUGCAUACAGAUGUUAUCAAGCCCCACACUGCAACAGCAAUAGCAUCUGCAGUUCCUAUUGAGCAUGGUUUGGAAGAGCUUAAUUGGCAACAAGCUGAUUCCUCUGCACUCCCUGAGCUCAUUUCCCAUGAUAAAGUUCCUCCAUCAUCAGUUUCCGGAGACAGCCCUCGAAAAGCAUGGAAAGGAAGAAAGCGUAUUUCUCUAGAUGAUGUUCCUCAAUCAUCAUAUGCCAAAGAACCUACAAUGGAAGCAUCAAAUGAGAGCAAGAUUAUUUCGGUAGACAAUGUUUAUCCAUCAUCAGAGAGGAGAGAAAAUCCUGUCAAAAUUUCAGAGGGGAGAAAGCUUAUUUCUCUUGCUGAUUUUCUUCCAUCAUUAAAUGGAGCAGAAACUCCUGUUCAGGGAUUAAAAGAGAGCUGUGUAGCCAGAGAAGAGGAAGCUUGGCGGACAUCUGUGGUAGAUUUUGAGGAUCUCUGCAAGACAGAAAAUCAGCCAGCUAGAAGAACUGACACAGCUUCAGAAAUGAACCCUAUUUCAGGUGAAAAUGGUCAGCAAUUUGCAAACUUAUUAGAUCUCAGUGAUGCUUAUAAGCUUGCUGUUGGCAAUAGGGGAAGGCAGUUGUCUGGCGUUCUUGUUGAACAAUGGACUGGGAAGGAUCCUUCAAGACUUAGUGAAGAUUUGAAGCUUUUACUUUCACAACUCUCUGCUGCUAGAGAGCUGUCAAUGAAUGAUAUGAGUCCUAGAGUUCCUAUCAGUCCUAGAGUUCCUAUUAGCCCUAGAGUUAGCCCUAAAUUAUCAUUAAACAGUGAUGAAUUAAAGACUUCUGAUGCUUCUAGUGUCAUAGGAAUGCAAAGUCUUCAAAAGCGUACCACACUUGAAAGAAAUGAGUCCAGCCUAUCGUUGGAUGGAAGUAUUGUCAGUGAAAUUGAAGGAGAAAGUGACGUUGAUCGGUUAAAACGGCAGGUUGAGCAUGAUAAAAAAUUGCUGAGUGCAAUGUACAAGGAAUUGGAGGAAGAAAGGAAUGCAUCCACAAUUGCUGCAAAUCAAGCUAUGGCCAUGAUUACUAGACUUCAGGAAGAGAAGGCAACACUCCACAUGGAAGCUCUGCAGUACCUAAGAAUGAUGGAGGAGCAAGCUGAGUAUGAUAUGGAAGCACUGCAAAAAACGAAUGACCUUCUAACAGAGAAGGAGGAAGAAGUCCGAGAUCUAGAAGAGGAUCUUGAGUUCUAUAGGUGUAAGUUUCCCAAUGAAUCAAUCUUUGAGACAACGGUUUCUGACAGAAAGGCAACAGGUACAAGAGCAAAUCGCUCAGAAGCUGGCUGUAUAGAAGAUAGCACAUGCACCGAUAGAAACUUGGCUACAGAAAAACCUGAUUUCUGCCAUAAAGUUGAAGGAACAAAUAUGUCACUUGGGGAUAAGACUAUCGGUACUGUGAAUAGUUCCUUGUUAGAGUUUGAAGAUGAAAGGUCAUAUAUUAUACAAAGUCUAAAGAAGUUAAAAAGGAAGCUUUAUAAGUUCUCUAAUAAUGGGCUAAGCUUGGGCUUGAUCAACGGUGAACGUUCUGAAGGAGACAAGGGAAAUGACUUCAGGGAGCUGAAUAGCAAAGUGGGAGUUGAAGAGAACAGUGGGGCAGAAGAGAAUGAAUUAUCAAUGACUGAUAGAACAAGUGAGCCUGUUCAAGGAGAUGUUUCUUUACUUGAGAAAUCUUUCAGCGGUAACGAGAACAAUGAAAUUUUUUAUAGUGGGGAAAGCUCUCCUAUGCCCCCUCAAGAAAUUGAUCUAGAUUCUCUCGUAAAUGAAGUUUCUGAUCUAAGUGAGAGGUUGGAAGCUCUUGAGGCAGACCGGAAUUUCCUUGAGCACAGCAUUAACUCAAUCAGAUGUGGAGAGGAAGGACUUCGAUUCAUUAAGGAGAUAGCCUCUCACCUGAAAGAAUUACGAAAGAUUGGGAUACAAAAAAGCGAGAAGGAGCGAAUCACUGCUUAA